CUUCCGCUCCGCCCUUUCGCAGCGAGCUGAGCCGAGCCGAGCCGAGCUGCGCUCCGGCCUGGCCCCCAGGACCGGGUCCGCCCGUCCGGACAGAGGGACCGACACCCCGCCGGGAGGGGGGCAGGGAUCCAUAGGGGGGAUAAAGGGGGGCAGAGACAGGGAGGGGAGGGAUAGGAGCGGGGGGGGGGGCGAUAGAAGCUGGGGGGGUGUCUGUGGGGCCGCAGCGCUAGGUCCCAGCCAGGCAGCCAGCGGGGGAGAGGUGGGCGAUCGCUGGUUACAGGGGUAGGCGUGUGGGGGGCUGGAUGGACGGGUGGCUUGUUAGACAGACAGACUCCGAGUGAGCCUCCUCUCGGGUUCCCCCACCCCUGGUGUCGUUCCCCUCCGCUGCCCCCCCGGCGCCGUCCCCAUGUCAGGGCGCACGGUGCGGGCCGAGACCCGCAGCCGGGCCAAGGAUGACAUCAAAAAGGUGAUGGCGGCCAUCGAGAAAGUGCGCAGAUGGGAGAAGCGCUGGGUGACUGUGGGUGACACGUCUCUGAGGAUCUACAAGUGGGUGCCCAUUGUGGACCCCCGGGAUGAGGAGAAACGGCGACUGGCCAGCAGUGGGGAGCGGCACAAGGGCCGGGAGAGAAGGGGGCGUGUGCCCAGCCCCCGGGCCAACCCUGCCCUCCUCAUGCUGGACCUGAACGAUGAGAACAGCAACCAGAGCUCAUUGUCUGAGACCUCCCUGGCCAAGGGGGGAGACACAAGCUCCAGCCCCACCCCCGACCGCAGCCAGACGGCGACCCCCACCCCGCUGGGGGAACUGAAAGCGGAGGACUCGCAGCCCCCCAUGCUGGGGCAGGAAGGGGACUCUGGGGUGUUGCUGCUUGAAGGGACGGAUGAGCCCCCCAUGCUGACCAAGGAGGACCCUGUUCCAGGCCUACUGGAGUCACAGGGGCAAGAGGAUGCACCCCCCUUUGAGAUGGCCCCAACCUUCCCGCAGCCGGUGCUGGAAGAAGAGGAUGAUGAGUCCAUGGGGGCACCUCCCCUGAAGCGCAUCUGCCCCGAGGAGCAGGAAGUGGGUGCCCCCCACUCCCCAUAGACCUAGCCUCGUCCCUGCCUUCUCCCUGGCUGGAGAGCAUGGGGGGGCAGAGGGGGAGCGGGGCAGGAGGUGAAUCAUGCUUGCCAAAUGCAAAAGGACCAAAGACACUUUGAAGAGGAUGUUGAAGAGGAUGUUGGCGUUGGGUCAGGACUCCUGGGAGGGGAGUGGGGGCUGGUGGAUUAGAGCAGGGGUGGGCGUGGGGCUGGGAGCCAGGACUCCUGGGUUCUAUCCCUUGCUUUGAGAAGGGAGUGGGAGGAGAUGGGACGUGGCUAGGGAGAGAUGGGCAGCAUCCCCUGAUGCCAGACUUUGAGGGGGCCUGGGUGAAUUUUACAUUCUCUGUGUAUAUACGUAUUUUUUUGGUCUGAACAAUACACUUUGCUAUUAAACUGCUAA